UACUCCCCGUAUUUCUUUUACUCGUUCCAAUCUUGAUAUUUGAGCUGGCAUGGACCGUUAAAACUUAAAAGACUUUUUGCUGCGCCUGCGAGUACUAAAACUAGACUUAGAUUCAAAAUAUUUUAAGAAAUCAUAACCCCACGCGCAGUGCCACGCGCCACUUUCCAUUCCUGGGCUCGUUCCUUUUCCAGCUUCUUCCCCAAAACCCCCCGCUUCUCAUACCCCAAAAAAUAGAGAUUUUUCUUAGAUCUCUGCGAAUGCGACAAUGAGCCACCGGCAGCGUUCACCGCCGGCGGCGAGACAAGUCACUAUAGAUGAAGAACCUUACAACAUCAUCCCAAUCCAUAACCUCUUAGCUGACCAUCCUUCUCUCCGUUUCCCCGAAGUACGCGCCGCCGCCGCUGCUUUACGUUCCGUCGGCGACCUACGUAGACCUGCAUUCAGGCCUUGGAAACCUCACUAUGACCUCCUUGACUGGCUCGCCCUUUUCUUCGGCUUUCAGGAAUCUAACGUUCGUAACCAGCGGGAACACAUUGUGCUUCACCUCGCUAAUGCUCAGAUGCGUCUCUCUCCGCCGCCUGACAACAUUGACUCACUUGACCCCGCCGUCCUCCGUCGAUUCCGCCGUCAACUCCUUAAAAAUUACUCCUCCUGGUGCUCUUUCCUCGGUCUCAAAUCCAACGUUUGGCUUUCCGACCGCCAUAAUUCCUCCGACCACCGCCGUGAGUUGCUUUAUGUCUCACUUUACCUUCUUAUCUGGGGUGAGUCUGCAAAUCUGCGUUUUGUUCCUGAAUGUUUGAGUUAUAUUUUUCAUAACAUGGCGAUGGAACUGAAUAAGAUAUUGGAGGAUUAUAUCGAUGAGAUGACUGGUAGGCCGUUUUUGCCUUCAAUUUCUGGUGAGAAUGCUUUUCUGGAUCGGAUUGUUAAGCCAAUUUACGAUACGAUUAAAGCUGAGGUUGAGAAUAGUCGGAAUGGUACUGCCCCACACUCUGCGUGGCGGAACUAUGAUGAUAUUAAUGAGUAUUUCUGGAGUAAGAGGUGUUUUGACAAGUUGAAGUGGCCUAUUGAUACUGGGAGUACAUUCUUUGUGACUACUAACAAGGGCAAGAAGGUGGGAAAGACGGGGUUUGUGGAGCAGAGAUCAUUUUUGAAUUUGUAUAGGAGCUUUGAUAAAUUAUGGAUCAUGCUAGCAUUGUUCUUGCAGGCUGCGAUCAUUGUAGCUUGGGAGCAGAGGGGGUAUCCGUGGCAGGCGUUGGAGAGGAGGGAGGUUCAGGUGAGGGUGUUAACAGUAUUCUUCACGUGGAGUGGGAUGAGGCUUUUGCAGUCACUGCUUGAUGCAGGAAUGCAAUAUAGUAUUGUUUCGAGGGAGACCCCAUGGCAUGGGGUGAGAAUGGUGUUGAAGAUCGUGGUUGCUGCAGGGUGGAUUGUGGUUUUUGGGGUAUUCUAUGGGAGGAUUUGGACACAGAGGAAUAAUGAUGGGGAUUGGACCAGCGCGNGCGCAGCUAACAAGAGGGUGGUGAAUUUUCUUGAGGUUGCUUUUGUUUUUGUUGCUCCAGAACUGUUAGCUUUGGCACUCUUUAUUCUGCCAUGGGUCAGGAAUUUUCUUGAGAACAUGAACUGGAGGAUAUUUUACCUGUUAUCAUGGUGGUUCCAGAGUCGGACAUUUGUGGGUCGUGGGCUUAGGGAAGGCCUUGUUGACAACAUAAAGUAUUCCCUCUUUUGGGUGGUAGUGCUUGCGACCAAGUUUUCCUUCAGUUACUUCCUACAGAUCAAACCUAUGAUUGUUCCAACAAAAGCACUGUUGCGCCUCAGGGAUGUGAAGUACGAAUGGCAUGAGUUCUUUAACAACAGCAACAGGUUCUCAGUAGGAUUGCUUUGGCUUCCGGUUGUCCUGAUUUAUCUUAUGGAUAUUCAGAUAUGGUACUCAAUCUACUCUUCAUUUGUUGGGGCAGCGGUUGGAUUGUUUGAUCACUUGGGCGAGAUUCGGAACAUGCCACAGUUAAGGUUGAGAUUCCAAUUUUUUGCAAGUGCAAUUCAGUUUAAUCUGAUGCCAGAGGAACAGUUGCUGAAUGCCCAAGGGACUCUAAAGAGCAAGAUCAAGGACGCCAUCCUCCGUUUGAAACUCAGAUAUGGUUUUGGUCGACCAUUCAAGAAGCUUGAAUCAAACCAGGUAGAGGCUAACAAAUUUGCCUUGAUUUGGAAUGAGAUAAUUGCAACUUUCAGAGAAGAAGAUAUUCUGAAUGACCGUGAGGUUGAGUUGUUGGACCCACGACGAACUACCAUAAACGACCUCACCUCCCAUGGCUGCCCUUCUGCAUAUUCUUCGACCCUCUCUCACGCUGCUGCUUCGACGUACAGCAACAACCAAGCAACCACAGCUGCUGUGUCUUUUUCUUCAUCAGUCCGGCGACCAACACCUGAAGCCAUCGAUCCUGUGAGCUGUGAGCACGUCCGUCGAUCUCCAGCUAGCAGCCCUCCAAUCACCGGAAAAACCAUCACCAAACUAGCAGCCCUCACGUUCGUCGAUCUCCAGCUCCAGCUUCCAUGUCCAUGGCUGCCUUCUCCUUCAUCCAGUCGCGAUCUCCAUCUUCGCAUGACCCCCUACGGACUGCCCAGCACCGCCACUGUUGCGUUCCUGCUCGUCGAGCAACCCAGCUCAAUCAUCCGUCGCCCAGCCACGCCGGAAACGACUGACCGUUCGGUCAUUUUCAGUGGUGUUCGUGGUCAUCUUCAUCGUCCAACUUCAUCGCCUGAAAUCAACCGGAAAUAUACAAAAAAUUUCCGGGCAGAUUCGAGUUAUUUUGGUUUCAAAGUUUCCGGGUAG